CUCAUCAUAUCGUUUGUCUAAUAUAUUACAUUUAAAAUGUGAUUUUAAAAACACGGUGGGAAUACAAGUUGUUUUCGACUGUCGUCCACUGCGUCAGAAAGCUUGGCUUCUUAACCAAUACACUUAUUUGACAUUAAACAGGCGAGACUGCCAAACUAAUCUUCGGGACAAUCCGCUUCCUUCCUGUAAUACCAUUAAGGGCUAAAUUUGGAAAGAUUAUAUCAGCAUAGGAGUAAACCGGAGGGGUCAGUAGAGUCAUCAUACGGGCGCUACAGGUGGUGUCUGCUGGCAUCGAGGCACGAGCACAGCCUGAGAGCCAUGGGGAACACCAAGAGCAGUGCCCUGUCCCGCGAGAUCUUGGAGGACAUCAAGCUAAACACCAAGUUCUCAGAGGACGAGCUCACCGAGUGGUACAGCUCCUUCAUGCGCGACUGCCCCGACGGACGCAUCUCGCGAGAGCGCUUCGAGAAAAUCUACGCGCGCUUCUUCCCGAACGCCGACCCCAAGGUGUACGCCCAGCACGUGUUCCGCUCCUUCGACAAGAACAGCGACGGCACACUCGACUUCAAGGAGUACAUCAUUGCGCUGCACCUCACGUCGUCCGGCAAGACGCAGCUCAAGCUCGAGUGGGCCUUUUCCCUCUACGACGUAGAUGGUAAUGGCACCAUCAACAAGUCCGAGAUCCUGGAGAUUGUCAAGGCGAUCUUCAAGAUGAUUCCUCCCGAAGAAGUGCACUUGUUGAAGGAUGAUGAAAACACACCCGAUAAGCGCGCCGACAAAAUCUGGAAACAUUUUGGGAAAACUGACAAAGAUAAGCUGACAGAAGGUGAAUUUGUGCAGGGCCUCAAGGACAAGGAUGAGAUCAUGCGUCUGAUUCAGUAUGAGCCACCGAAGAAGUAAUGUUGGUCACCUGUUCUGCUUGGGGCUAACGUUGGGCUUCUGUUAAUAUCUUGUGAGUGUGUUCAACCGUAUCGCCCUUGUAAACGAAUCAAAAAGGAUAAGUAAAAAAUAUGAAGCACACGUAGUUGUCUCUUUCGUUUUUUCGUUUUACAGCACUCUUCACAGAGUGCCUAAAAUGUCUUUAAAGGUAACUGCAGUAAUUAUAUACACACAAGUGACUUUGUAUAAUGCUGUGAGCGUAUUUUUUACGAUAAAAAAUGUGACUUCAUUGCACUGCAGUGGCAGCUGGUGUGUAUGCAGUUUUGGGGUAGCAACCCAUCUAAUAUUAACCUAUAUGUUUUUAAAUAAAAUAUUAACACAGUUGUGAAACCAUUAAACGUUUUAAUAUAGUUAAAGCUCGUGGGUAACUUAAACCAUUGCUUACGGUUUUUGCAUAUUGGUUAAAAUUGAAUCAAACUAACAUUUUAAAGUAUGAGGUGCUUGCUUUGUCUGCCCCAGUGAGAUGCACAUUUCAGAAUCUCAUUUGCCAAUUUAAAGAACUCCCACAAAGUGCCACCCUCUGAAGAAAAUUAAGCAGAAAGUGUGCCAAUAUUUACACCCCUGACCAUUAACAAGAAGGUCAUUUGCAUGGGGAUUG